CUUUGUUACCUAUUCCAUUAGGAACCGUAGAUUUUUUAGUCCAUCACAUUCAUGCAUUUACCAUACAUGUGACUGUAUUAAUACUUUUGAAAGGUGUUUUAUUUGCUCGGAGUUCCCGUUUGAUACCCGAUAAAGCAAAUCUAGGUUUUCGCUUUCCUUGCGAUGGGCCUGGCCGAGGGGGAACAUGUCAAGUAUCCGCCUGGGAUCAUGUUUUCUUAGGUUUAUUCUGGAUGUACAAUGCAAUUUCGGUAGUCAUUUUCCAUUUCAGUUGGAAAAUGCAGUCGGAUGUUUGGGGUACUAUAAGUGAUCAAGGGGUGGUAACUCAUAUUACAGGGGGAAACUUUGCACAGAGUUCCAUUACGAUUAAUGGGUGGCUUCGAGAUUUCUUGUGGGCACAGGCAUCGCAAGUCAUUCAGUCUUAUGGUUCUUCAUUAUCUGCAUAUGGUCUUUUUUUCUUAGGUGCUCAUUUUGUCUGGGCCUUCAGUUUAAUGUUUUUAUUCAGCGGCCGUGGUUAUUGGCAAGAACUCAUUGAAUCUAUCGUUUGGGCUCAUAACAAAUUAAAAGUUGCUCCUGCUACUCAGCCUAGAGCCUUGAGCAUUAUACAAGGACGCGCUGUAGGAGUAACCCAUUACCUUCUGGGUGGAAUUGCCACGACAUGGGCAUUCUUCUUAGCGAGAAUUAUUGCAGUAGGAUAGUGGCUAGGAGGAUUUGAAAGGCAUUAUGGAAUUAAGAUUUCCCAGGUUUAGCCAAGGCUUAGCUCAGGACCCCACUACUCGUCGUAUUUGGUUUGGUAUUGCUACCGCACAUGAUUUCGAAAGUCAUGAUGAUAUUACUUGAAGAACGUCUUUAUCAGAACAUUUUUGCUUCUCACUUUGGGCAAUUAGCAAUAAUCUUUCUAUGGACGUCCGGAAAUCUGUUUCAUGUAGCUUGGCAAGGAAAUUUUGAAUCAUGGAUACAGGAUCCUUUACACGUAAGACCUAUUGCUCAUGCGAUUUGGGAUCCUCAUUUUGGUCAACCCGCUGUGGAAGCCUUUACUCGAGGAGGUGCUGCUGGUCCAGUGAAUAUUGCUUAUUCUGGAGUUUAUCAGUGGUGGUAUACAAUAGGAUUACGCACCAAUGAGGAUCUUUAUACUGGAGCUCUUUUUCUAUUAUUUCUUUCUACGCUGUCCUUAAUAGCGGGUUGGUUACAUCUACAACCCAAAUGGAAACCAAGCCUUUCGUGGUUCAAAAACGCGGAAUCUCGUCUCAAUCAUCAUUUGUCAGGACUUUUCGGGGUAAGUUCUUUGGCUUGGACAGGACAUUUAGUUCAUGUUGCUAUUCCCGCAUCCAGGGGGGAGUACGUUCGAUGGAAUAAUUUCUUAGAUGUAUUACCCUAUCCCCAGGGGUUGGGACCCCUUUUGACGGGUCAAUGGAAUCUUUAUGCCCAAAACCCUGAUUCGAGUAAUCAUUUAUUUGGUACCGCUCAAGGAGCGGGAACUGCCAUUCUAACUCUUCUUGGGGGAUUCCAUCCACAAACACAAAGUUUGUGGCUGACCGAUAUGGCUCACCAUCAUUUAGCUAUUGCAUUUAUUUUUCUCAUUGCCGGUCACAUGUAUCAAACUAACUUCGGAAUUGGGCACAGUAUUAAAGAUCUUUUAGAAGCGCAUACUCCUCCGGGGGGUCGAUUAGGGCGUGGGCAUAAGGGCCUUUAUGACACAAUCAACAAUUCGAUUCAUUUUCAGUUAGGUCUUGCUCUAGCUUCUUUAGGGGUUAUUACUUCCUUAGUAGCUCAACAUAUGUACUCUUUACCUCCUUAUGCAUUCAUAGCACAAGACUUUACUACUCAAGCUGCUUUAUAUACUCAUCACCAAUAUAUUGCAGGGUUCAUCAUGACAGGGGCUUUUGCUCAUGGAGCUAUUUUUUUCAUUAGGGAUUACAAUCCGGAACAGAAUGAGGAUAAUGUAUUGGCAAGAAUGUUAGACCAUAAAGAAGCUAUCAUAUCUCAUUUAAGUUGGGCUAGCCUCUUUCUAGGAUUCCAUACCUUGGGCCUUUAUGUUCAUAACAACGUCAUGCUUGCUUUUGGUACUCCAGAAAAGCAAAUCUUGAUCGAACCUAUAUUUGCCCAAUGAAUACAAUCUGCUCAUGGCAAGACGACAUAUGGGUUCGAUAUACUCUUAUCUUCAACGAAUGGCCCCGCUUUCAAUGCGGGUCGAAGCCUAUGGUUGCCCGGAUGGUUGAAUGCUGUUAAUGAGAAUAGUAAUUCGCUUUUCUUAACAAUAGGACCUGGGGAUUUCUUGGUUCAUCAUGAUAUUGCUCUAGGUUUGCAUACAACUACAUUGAUUUUAGUAAAGGGCGCUUUAGAUGCACGCGGUUCCAAAUUAAUACCAGAUAAAAAGGAUUUUGGAUAUAGUUUUCCUUGUGACGGCCCAGGGCGCGGCGGUAAUUGUGAUAUUUCUGCUUGGGACGCAUUUUAUUUGGCAGUUUUCUGGAUGUUAAAUACCAUUGGGUGGGUUACUUUUUAUUGGCAUUGGAAACAUAUCACAUUAUGGCAGGGCAACGUUUCACAAUUUAAUGAAUCCUCCACUUAUUUGAUGGGAUGGUUAAGAGAUUACCUAUGGUUAAACUCUUCACAACUUAUCAAUGGAUAUAAUCCUUUUGGGAUGAAUAGUUUAUCGGUAUGGGCGUGGAUGUUCUUAUUUGGACAUCUUGUUUGGGCUACUGGAUUUAUGUUCUUAAUUUCCUGGCGGGGGUAUUGGCAGGAAUUAAUUGAGACUUUAGCAUGGGCUCAUGAACGCACACCUUUAGCUAAUUUAAUUCGCUGGAGAGAUAAGCCCGUGGCUCUUUCCGUUGUGCAAGCAAGAUUGGUUGGAUUAGCUCACUUUUCCGUGGGUUAUAUAUUCACUUAUGCAGCUUUCUUGAUUGCCUCAACAUCAGGCAAGUUUGGUUAAUUUAGUUUGUUUUUUUGUACUGUAUCACACCUAGUUCAUUACUCUUGAUAGAGAGGGAGGAUCUGCCUUUUUAGAUUUCUUUUUCUAUUUAUUUUUCCAUCUAGGAUUAGAACCGUAUACUUGGUAAUAAUAGCAACGACACAUUAUGGCAAAAAAAAGUUUGAUUCAGAGGGAGAAGAAGCGGCAGAAAUUAGAACAGAAAUAUCAUUUGAUUCGUCAAUCUUUAAAAAAAGAUAAGAAGCAAAGUUUCUCCCUUGAGUUUGAGUGAAAAAAUGAAAA